AUGUUCCCUCAUUCACCCAUGUUCCCUCAUUCACCCAUGUUCCCUCAUUCACCCAUGUUCCCUCAUUCACCCAUGUUCCCUCAUUCACCCAUGUUCCCUCAUUCACCCAUGUUCCCUCAUUCACCCAUGUUCCCUCAUUCACCCAUGUUCCCUCAUUCACCCAUGUUCCCUCAUUCACCCAUGUUCCCUCAUUCACCCAUGUUCCCUCAUUCACCCAUGUUCCCUCAUUCACCCAUGUUCCCUCGUUCACCCAUGUUCCCUCAUUCACCCAUGUUCCCUCAUUCACCCAUGUUCCCUCAUUCACCCAUGUUCCCUCAUUCACCCAUGUUCCCUCAUUCACCCAUGUUCCCUCAUUCACCCAUGUUCUCUCAUUCACCCAUGUUCCCUCAUUCACCCAUGUUCCCUCAUUCACCCAUGUUCCCUCAUUCACCCAUGUUCCCUCAUUCACCCAUGUUCCCUCAUUCACCCAUCCAUGUUCCCUCAUUCACCCAUGUUCCCUCAUUCACCCAUGUUCCCUCAUUCACCCAUGUUCACUCAUUCACCCAUGUUCCCUCAUUCACCCAUGUUCACUCAUUCACCCAUGUUCCCUCAUUCACCCAUGUUCACUCAUUCACCCAUGUUCCCUCAUUCAGCCAUGUUCCCUCAUUCACCCAUGUUCCCUCAUUCAGCCAUGUUCCCUCAUUCACCCAUGUUCCCUCAUUCACCCAUGUUCCCUCAUUCACCCAUGUUCCCUCAUUCACCCAUGUUCCCUCAUUCACCCAUGUUCCCUCAUUCACCCAUGUUCCCUCAUUCACCCAUGUUCCCUCAUUCACCCAUGUUCCCUCAUUCACCCAUGUUCCCUCAUUCACCCAUGUUCCCUCAUUCACCCAUGUUCCCUCAUUCACCCAUGUUCCCUCAUUCACCCAUGUUCCCUCAUUCACCCAUGUUCCUCAUUCACCCAUGUUCCCUCAUUCACCCAUGUUCCCUCAUUCACCCAUGUUCCCUCAUUCACCCAUGUUCCCUCAUUCACCCAUGUUCCCUCAUUCACCCAUGUUCCCUCAUUCACCCAUGUUCCCUCAUUCACCCAUGUUCCCUCAUUCACCCAUGUUCCCUCAUUCAGCCAUGUUCACUCAUUCAGCCAUGUUCCCUCAUUCACCCAUCAUGCUCUCCCCGACUCAUUCCCUCACUCCCCCGCCUCUUUCCCUCACUCACAUGGCAGGCUGA